GUCGCCAUGGUGGCCAUGAGCGGUCUGGCGUCGGCGCUGGAGUCCUAUAGGGGCCGCGACCGCCUGAUUGUUCCUUCCAGGCCCCUGAGGUCAGACUCUGAGCUUGUCCCAAUCAGUCUCUUACAGAUCCGAACGCUGGGGUACUGCUGCCAGCUGGUGGGCGGGGUCCUGGUGGAACAAUGUCCUGCCAGGUCAGAAGUGGGGACACGCCUGCUGGCACUGUCCUCCCAACUCAGCCACUGCAGGACCGUCCUGCGACUCUUUGAUGACGUGGCCAUGUUUGUCUACACUAAGCAGUACGGCCUGGGGGCAGAGGAGGAGGCCAUCUUUGUCCGCUGCGUGACUGUCCUGGGCAACCUGGCUGACCAGCUCUACUACCCCUGUGAGCACGUCGCCUGGGCUGCCGACGCCAAAAUCCUCCACGUGGAGUCUGCGCCGUGGUGGGCGCUGAGCACAGCCCUCUGGGGCCUCUCCCUGCUCCUGGGGAUUGCUAGGUCCCUGUGGAUGGUCCUGAAGCUGAGACAGAGGCUGAGGAGCCCCCCGGCAGCCCUCACCAGCCGGCUGCCCCAGGGCAAGCGGAGGGCCGUGGAGGCCCAGAUCCGGUCGGAGGCGCUGACCCUACUGAGCAACGUGGCUGACCUGGCCAACGCGGUGCACUGGCUGCCCCCGGGCAUCCUGUGGGCCGGCCGCUUCCCCCCGUGGCUCGUGGGCCUCCUGGGCACCAUCUCCUCGCUCCUCAGCACGUACCAGGCAGUCGGGGCCGGCGGCCAGGCCUACGCCGCCCCCUGACCGACCGGGGAGCCGGAACCCCGACGGCGGCCCUACCCACGGAGCAGCGAUCGCCCGGGAGGGGCCGGGUCUUUAAUUGAGCAGAUCAAGGCCAGGUGUGGGGAGGCGCGGCCAGAGGAGGCGCAGAGCAGCCUGGGGCACGAGCCCCCAGGGGGCGGGCGUGUGUGGGCGGAGCGGGUAGGCCCGGAGACUCGGUGCAGUGGAACAGGCACCCGCAGGCCGGAGUCCUGUAUCCAAAAGGCGAACGGGGAGCCGGGUUGGGAUGGCGAGCGCCAGGUGGGCCUGAAGACAGUGAAAUGGGAAUCAAUUAAAGGCGGUGGUGCUGGGGCCAGGCCAGGUGCGAGAGCUUAUU